AUGAGCUACCUCCCCAUUGGAAAAGACACGGGGGACCACGAUGUGCAGGGGAAUCCGGACAUGGAGCUACGGGAACAGGACCGGUGGCUUCCGAUCGCCAACGUGGCGCGGCUCAUGAAAAACACGUUGCCGGCGUCGGCCAAGGUCAGCAAGGACGCCAAAGAAUGCAUGCAAGAGUGUGUGUCUGAGUUCAUAUCGUUCAUCACGAGCGAGGCCAGCGACAAGUGUCUUCGGGAGAAACGAAAAACGAUAAACGGUGAAGACGUGUUGUACUCCAUGCACGACUUGGGCUUUGAGAACUACGCCGAGGUGUUGAAGAUAUACUUGGCCAAGUACAGAGAGCAGCAGGCGUUGAAGCAGGAGCGGGGCGAGAGCCGGACGUCGAAGAAGCUGGCGAAAAAACUGCAGCGGGCGGACGCCAAGUCGGCGCCCGAGGCGGACGAGCCGUACAUGAAGGAGGAGCUCGAUAGCCAGGAGCCCGAGCUUCCGCAGCCGGCACAGGACUACUUCCACCAGUACGAGGAAACGGGCGAGCGGGGCGACUUUGGCGCGGGCCAGGACGAAAACAUGCACAUGGGCGACGUCCACGUGGCGUCGUUGGACGAGAACAUGCCGGCCAUGGGCGGCAAGGACGAGUACCAGUACGAAUACAUGGAGCAUGGCGAGCUCAAGGACAAGCGGCACGACAUGGAGAACAUCAACAACAUCGACAACGGCAUAGACGACUUGGGCAAGUUGGGCGAGGAGGGCGACAUGGACACGUUGGCUGCGGGCACCACAUACUACUAG